UGUCUCGCGCCCCCACCGCGGCUCCUCCACCACCACCACCACAUUCGCGCGAGCCAAUCAGAACUCGCUAAAAUCGCCGCUAGAGUGCUGCCGAAUUUCACAGGAGAGUCUUCUCGCUCACUGAGGAUUGGCAGCGCGCAACGGGCAGUGUCGCGUGGGCAGCAGUCUAUAUCCACUUCAGCCGCACGCGGAGAUACCAGAGUACCAAUCUGGCCGUGGCUGAGAUUGAAAAUAAGUCUCUCUGAUGGCUAGACGCUCCUGGGUUGACAUGCAGACGUGCUGACACUUUCGAGCGGACCGAAAUGUGAUGGGGUUUUUUGUUAAGUAGUUUGGGAAAUAUCGCUUCGAAGGUUGUUUGCUUAUUUUUAACAAUCGUUUAGUCUACCACAUCAAUUUGUUUAUUUUGGUGGUUUCUCAUGUGAUCAAGCAAAGGCGUCUGUGGAUGACAUACCGUAAUAAGUUUCAUGUGCCUUUUUGUUAUUUUUUUCACAUGGACAUCUGAAUUCGGUGUACGUUUCCCACCUCAGACUGCUUUGUCUCCGCGCGUCGAAGGAUAGGUCAGCGGCGCGUGUGAGUGGAUGUGGGUGGUGGGCUCUUGGGUCCGCGGGUCGAUAAGGAAGAGAUCGGUGCAAGCAGACGCUCUGUCCAAGUCCUGAGCCCCGAUCACAGCAGCCUCGGUACCACAAGCCUCGAGAGUCACUGACGCGCCUGACAAAAAGGCGAAAUGUUCCUUCUCGGAAUUCUCCUCAGCUUCUUCUCACGAGGCGUGUACUGCGUCCCAUCUCCACAGCACGAGAUGAUGGCGUUGGCGGCCUCCUCCUCCUCCUCCUCUUCCUCCUCCUCCUCCUCCUCCUCCUCGGCUGGACCGGACUGCCUGGAGCUGCGACGCUCCUGCCACGACCAGCGCCAGUGCCGCCAGCGGUACGAGCAGCUGGACAUCUGCCUGGACAACGCCAACUCCCAGGCCCCGCCGGACCCCGAGACCCAGCAGGUGUGUCUGGAGGCGCAGAGCGCCAUCCUCCGCCUGAAGCCCCAAGCGCUGGACUGCCGCUGCCAGCGGGGCUCGCGCAAGGAGGAGCGCUGCAUCCGGGUCUACUGGACCUUCAGGUUCCC